CUCUCUUUUAUUUUAUGUAUUGGGUGUUUUAUUGCAGGGAGGAUAACGUGGAAAUCAGAUCAGGGUGUGGGGGUGAGAUGCAGGUAGACUACCAGCAGGUGCACGCGAGGCCAUCAUUCUGCAUAGCGACGAUGACGUCAGUGGACCAUGGACCAAUCAGACGACAAUUCCAUACUUCCUCUUUGAGACUGUGUAUAAGUCUGGGGCAGGAACACAUAGCUUUGUUCAUUCUGCGCUGUCUCUGCUGACCCAAAACUCUGAAAAAUGUGUAGACUCCUCUGUCAGGAAUAAAUUGGUGGGCUUUCAACACGCCGUUAUAAUUGUAGUUCUUUCACGAAAACGAACACGCGUGGAACCUCGGGAGUUGAUAGGUGAUAUUAAAACACAGGUUCCUUGAAUUCAUAUAUUUGGGUCGCCAAAACAUGAUAGUGAUAAAUGUUUACGGCUAACAACACGAGGCACUGUAACUGUUGAUACAUAGUGACGCAAAUAAAUAGUGUGUACAAUGGCACGUAAAGAGGCGUCUUCUUAUCUUCGAUCGUUCCACUUUGCCUCAUCCAAUGCGGCGACGACACCAACCUACAAGUGGCGUUCACCGCAUCUUUGUCUAUGCUAGUUUGUCCUGUAAAGAUGACAUCACUGAAAAGUAGUUUUUUCCUUUCUCGUCAUCGUGUUUCAUUUGACUGAUGUCGGAACUUUAUAGUCCACUAUCGAAACAUCUCCAUUUCGUGAUGAGCGAUUCUCAACACACACGGCCGCAUUCAGGCCACAGGAGGGCAGUAGUGACGCCGUUCAAGGACACAAAGUCGUCGAAGAAGAACGAUCUCGCUAGGCGGGACAGACAAACCGUGUCAACAUAAACACCAAGUUGCUUGACUUUUUUUUGACUUUUUUGAAACAUGAGCUCAUUUGCGGGUCGAAUGAGGGAAUAUCCGCACAUUUCUCUCGAUCGCUUCGACCACGAGAACUUGCACGCGCGCGCCUACUUCCUGUCGCACUGUCACAAAGAUCACAUGAGGGGGAUGAAAUCACCCAAGAUGAAGCGAAGACUGCAGUCCAGCCGUCGAGUCAAACUGUACUGCUCACUGGUGACCAAAGAACUUUUGCUGAGCAGCCGCAGGCAUCUCUUCUGGGAGGAAUUCAUUUCAAGCCCAAGCGGGAUGACGCGAACGCUGCAAGCAAGGCAGGUUCCCUUGGAGCUGGAGAGCCCCACGCAGAUUUCGCUGGUGGACGAAACGUCGGGAGAGAGCGAAGAGCUGACGGUCACGUUGCUCCCCGCCGGGCACUGUCCCGGCUCCGUCAUGUUCCUGUUCGAAGGCGGCUGUGGAAACGCGCUGUACACGGGAGACUUCAGGCUGGCCUCGGGCGACGCGGCCAGGAUGGAGCAUCUGCACUCGGGCGGCAGGGUGAAGGACAUCCGGAGCGUGUACGUGGACUCCACCUUCUUCGACCCGCGCUUCUACCAGAUUCCUUCUCGGGAGGCGUGCGUGAGCGCCAUCUUGCGUCUGGUGGGAGACUGGAUCGCUCGUAGCGCUCGUCACGUGGUUUGGCUCAACUGCAAGGCGGCGUACGGCUACGAGUACUUGUUCACCAGGCUGGGGGAGGAGUUCAACACGCGGGUAAACGCAAAGAAAACACCUCAACAAAACGUUGAAGUCGCAUGCCUCAAAGGCGCGCGCCUGCCAUCCCCGCGCCCUCAGGUGCACGUCAACAACUUGCUGAUGUUCCGGAGGAUGCCGGAGAUCCUGAGCUACGUGACCGGCGAGCAUCGGACGCAGAUCCACGCCUGCCGGCACCCAAAGGUGACGACGCCGCGGCGCAAAGACGACGUGCGCCUCACAGGCCGACUUUGUUUGUGCGCAGAACGAGGCGAAUCCCCGUGGCGACCGGCUGCCGUGCGGCCGCGCGUCUCCGGACGCCGCCGACCUGCGCGUGCUCAGCAUCAAGCCGUCCACCAUGUGGUUCGGAGAGCGCACGCGCAAAACCGACGUCGUCGCCAGAUCAAAGACUUCCUGUCCUACCUGCGACCCGUCCAGGUGUUCCCCAAUGUGGUCCCGAUAGGGCGCACCCUCAGCGAGGUCACGCGCAUGCUCCGGACCGUGUGCAGGAAGCCGCCGCAGGAGAACUUCACAUACAGACCACUGGGGGUGCUCAAACGCAGCGCCGCCACGACGACGCCUCACGAUUGGGACAGCGACAACGACCUCUUUGACGCCAGCGCCGCCGCUCCGCUGAGGAAGAAGCCGACGCCGAGCCGUGGCGUCCCUAACGAGCCGGGACCGUAUGCCGUGGCGCCCCCUGCCCCCACGGAGGACUCACUGCAGCCCGACCCUCGCGACGACAACGACAAGAACGACCGCACGGAGCUCAAGUACAACUACGUGGACUGCACCGAAUCCAACGACGACAGCGAGGACGACGAGGGGAGUGAGGAAGAUGAGGAGAGCGGGACUAAAACGUCCACCCAAACAGGAAGCGCCUCCGUCGAGCUGCCCAAAUGGGAGGACUUCUUCACCGUGGAGCCGCUGCCCGACAGCCAGAACAGCCAAUCGCAGCCCUGCUCCGCCCCGAGCCCCGCCCCCACCAGGCUGGCGGGCUCGCAGACGCCCGAAGCGUUCAGUGAACCCGAAGACGACGCGGACGACAGCUUCGUCCUCUCGCUGUCCGCUUCCGAUUGUUCCUCGCAGAACCGCGACGCAGACGGCGAGGACCGCGGGGCCGGCGACGCGCCGUCCGAGCCGCCGCCCGGGUCCCGGGUGUCGUCGGACUAUGAAAAGGGCGCCGCUGUACAGGAAGUUGGCCAGCGGGGAGGACGUUUCCUGUCCUGAUUGAACGCUUUCAAUCGCCUCCUCGUGAUCAAAGCCGCCUUUCUAGUUUGAAUCCUCGUAUCAAACAAUAAAGUUUUUUUAACCUCA